CGCACCGGCUAUCCAUUUGGUGAAUCUUGCUCAAACGACUGUUAUAUAUAUCAAACAACAGGUAAAAAACCGAGUGUUAAGCGAAUAGAGGCUACUGGUGAUGCGCCAAUUCCGCAAUAUGGACCGGGAAUAGUUUUACACGAACAUUAUUUAUAUACGAUUGGGGGAACAACUGGCUAUGACUACUCUUGUGAUGUGCAUCGCUUAAAUUUGCGCACACGAGUGUGGGAAUGCGUAUAUAUCUGUCGUCCAGAUAUACGCGAAUGGGAGGAUGAGGGUCGUUAUCGUCACGAAGUUGUCUACGAUGGGCAAUACAUAUAUGUGCUGGGUGGUGGUACAUCGAAUUCCUCUCUACCAAAAGCUUUGUACUUCCAUGUCGCAGCGCACAGUCAAAAUGGUUGUAUGUACAUAUUCGGUGGUAUUGAAUAUGAUGAAAAACGUAUACGACGGUGCAAUGACCUUUAUAAAAUGUGGAUGACCAUACCAUUAUUAAGUGAAAUUUGCUGGGAGGCAGUGUUACAUUACAGACCAAAUCUCAAAUUGAAUGGCCACUCACAGCUGCUUAACAUUGCGCUUUGCACAGAGAUUGUGGCAUUCUUCAAAAGCCAAAUGAUUAUACAAUAA